UAGAGAAUCGAUGGGCAUUUUACCUCCAGAUUUUGGAAGAGAUUCUUUGGGUUUUAUGAAUAUAAAUACUUUAGAGACAGACCGUGAAUCGUUAGGUAUAGUACAGUUUAGAGAAUCACUCAGUUUUAGAAGGGAAAGUCUGGGUAUUAUGAAUUUAAAAGAUUUGGGCAGAGAAUCCUUAGACAGCGGUAGAGAGUCAUUAGGGAUAUUAUAUGUGAAGUCGCCGGACGUCAAGUUUGGAGACGAAGAGAAAAGAAUCCCAGAUAUUAUACUUUCAACUAUAGAGGAAAGUAUUGGAGAGUCGUCCAAUGUCUUGGACACGGCGUUUUUGGAACCAUGUUCCAGAAAAUCCUCGGCUUUAUCUUGUUCAUCGUCUGUGAAUCCUUCUUUUAAUAGCCUCAGUUUAGAGGGCCCUUCGAGGAUAUAUUCCGUGUCCUCCUUGAGAAAUUUUAAAGAUACGAUGAAUUUAACAUACUCUAAUAGUUCCGGGUUGUCUUCCAUUCACUCGCCUUUGAACAAAGGCAAGAUAUUUAGCCCAGGCGAGCUAGGUCUACGAUCGAAGAUUCAAUCAGUGCCCGAGAGUUUCCAGGGGCAACUUUCUCCUCUAUAUCACAGGAGGGAAUAUGGAGAUGCGUCUGAGAGGAGAUUCUGGAGUGCAGAUAGGACUUCCUGUUUCAGAAGUUUGGAAAGGAGUUUUCAUCGAGCCAUAGACUUCAAGGAGGCCGAUAUUAGCUCCGAGUUUCACGAUUCAGUAUUUAUCGAAGGCCAUAUUCUUGCAGAAAAAAUUGCAGAUGGGUCCAUUUUAAACGAAUCAUCCGUUGGGGAAGUGGGUGUUUUGGACAGUACGCCCCAACCGGAUUGGCCCAACGAUCUCAGCUACAACGACAAUAAAAGUAAUGAACACACGAAAUCUGAUACUGAAACCGUAUUUAAAACUGUCGAUAAAAUGCUCCCUACAUCUAACAUCCUUGACAUGAAGUUCAGAAUAUCGAAGACUGACAGCAAUUCUUCCAACGAAUGUGGAGCGAAGGCGAAUCAAAGCGAGCCCUCUCAGACGAGCGAACUAGUGCACAAUAUAUCGGAUAUCCAUCACGAACCGAGGAAGGUUUCAAUGAAUAAAAAAGAUUCGAAACAGAUCCUAGAGAAUCUGUCAGAGUUGUUAAACAGCACCAACCGUAGCGAUAAACAGAAGUCUGAGGGCAAAAAUUUGUUGAACAGUCUGGCGAAUCUGCUGGGUGAGGGUAAACCCGGCCUGAGGAAUGAUCAUGAUGAUUCGGGUAAUUCGUCUAUAAACGAACACUCUGAUUCCCCGAACAAAGAAAAUCACGAGUUCUUCGAAGUCUUAGAUUUACGAAUUAAAAGCACCGACGAUCUAAGCUCUAAAGUAAAUUCUACCAGAGGCGACCCGUUGGAUUUGUCCUUAAAAUCGAAGCGGAUCGAGAGUCUCGUAGGAAAACGACUGUCGCAAUCGUGUUCGUCGACUCCGAAUAUUAAACUUGCAUCUCAGACCGAAAAGAAGAAUGCAUCUACGUCGAGCUUAGACAUGAAUAAGAAUAAAACAUCGAAUUCGUCGGUCGCUAGUAAUGACAGUAAAAAUACCAGUAACGUUAAGCUUCAAACGUCCGAUAAAUUCAAGCAGAAACACUACGGUUCUAGUAUGAAAAAGGGGCCGAUGAAAGCCGUAAUUCCCGUCGGGGACAUGAAAAAGAAAAAUAACUCGACGGGUACCCCAGAGAAAAGCGAACUGUUAAUAUCGUCUAUGCAAUCAAAGAGGACCAGUACACCCAUAAAUGAGCCGAAAUUGAAGCCCAUGGCUGCGUCAACCCCUACCAUUAAAGAGACCCGUUCUUCUUUAAAGGAUUCCAAAAAUAACAGAAUUCCCUUGUCAGCGGCAAAAAAACCAGACGCAAGCAACAGCUUCGCUCGAGCUAGAGCCUACACCGCGGCUAGUCUACCCAGACCGUCCGUGACGAGCACGGGUCCUAUACUAAGAAGGAAUUCCGUGAGCGACUUUAAGAAACCUGCGCCAACGUUGCAAAGAAGAAAUUCGGCUGAAACGGAAAGCGGUGUUAUGUCUUCGGUGACUAGGGUGAGGCAGAGUCUCGGCGUGCCUUAUCAGCAGCAGAAGCAAAAUUUUGGAGUCGGAAGUAAGGUUGUGCCCGAAUAUAGGGGAAAACUAGCGGAAAAUAAACAUUUGCCGGUGGCUAGGUCGAGCAACUUGCCCUCGACAAAGAAAACGUAUGGCUUCGGCAUCUCCUCAAGAAAAAGCUAAGACGGGAUCGUGCGAAAGGAGAAAUUCGCUAAGUCGGGCUGGGCAAAGUAACGAAGGCAACAUUACUAGGAGAAAUUCCAUUGGAAAUACAUCGGGACUUAUGUCGUCUCUUGCGAAGAUCAGGCAGAAUAUGCUGCAGUCGCCCUACUUCUGUUUAAAGAAAGAAGAAGCUUUGAAUGAAAAUUAUAU